AUGGAAUCUAGUUCAUCAGACUUCUAUAAUAAAGAUAAUGAAGAAGAAAGUUUGCUGGCAAAUGUUGCUUCCUUAAGACAUGAACUGAAGAUAACAGAAUGGAGUUUGCAGAGUUUAGGGGAAGAGUUAUCUAGUGUUAGUCCAAGUGAAAAUUCUGAUUAUGCUCCUAAUCUCUCAAGGUCUGAAAGAUUCAUUUUGGAAGAUCUUUCUCAUCCUAGCCAUCUCGGACUUUUGAAUUACUCACCUCAUAAAAGAGUUUGUAAAAUGCCCAAUAGUGGUACUGAUUUUCAAAAAAAGCCAAGAGAUAAGAUGUCGUUUUCAUCUUCUACCCCUGUGGAUCAGGAAAUCAGAAGUCUUCGAGAGAAACUUAAUAAACUUAGGCAACAGAAUGCUUGUUUAGUUUCACAGAAUCAUUCUUUAAUGACUAAAAUAGAAUCUGUCCACUUUGAAUUGACACAGUCAAGAGCAAAAGUUUCUAUGCUUGAAUCUGCUCAAAAACAGGCAGCCAAUGUACCAAUCUUAGAAGAACAGAUUAUAAAUUUGGAAGCAGAAGUUUCAGCCCAAGAUAAAGUUUUGAGAGAGGCAGAAGAUAAAUUAGAGCAGAGUCAGAAAAUGGUAAUUGAAAAAGAACAGUGUUUGCAGAAGUCCCAAGAGGAAUGUAUAAGGUUGAAGGUGGACUUACUUGAACAAAGUAAACAAGGAAAGAGAGCUGAACGACAAAGGAAUGAAGCACUGUAUAAUGCUGAAGAGCUAAGUAAAGCUUUCCAACAUUAUAAAGAAAAAGUGGCUGGAAAACUGGAAAAGGUUCAAGCUGAAGAAGAAAUAUUAGAGAAAAAUCUAAUUAAUUGUGAAAAAGAAAAUAAAAGGCUACAUGAAAAGUGUGGUCUGUAUAAAAAUGAACUUGAAAUUCUAAAAGAGAAAUUAAGGCAGUUAAAAGAAGAAAAUAAUAAUGGGAAAGAAAAAUUAAGGAUCAUGGCAGUGAAAAAUUCAGAAGUCAUGGCACAACUAACUGAAUCUAGACAAAGUAUUCUGAAGCUAGAGAGUGACUUAGAGGACAAAGACGAAAUACUUAGAGAAAAAUUUUCUCUGAUGAAUGAAAACCGAGAAUUAAAAGUUCGUAUUGCAACACAGAAUGAGAGACUGGAUUUGUGUCAGCAGGAAAUAGAAAGUUCGAGGGUAGAACUGAGAAGUUUGGAAAAAAUUAUGUCCCAGUUGCCUUUAAAAAGAGAAAUAUUUGGUUUUAAAUCACCUCUUUCUACGCACCAGAUGAGUAGUUUGUCAAAUAAGCAAGACAGUUACAUUGGCUGCUGUGAGACAAAUAAAAUGGUGAUUUCGGAAUUGAGGAUUAAACUUGCAAUAAAAGAGGCAGAAAUUCAGAAGCUUCAGGCAAACCUGACUGCAAAUCAGUUAUCUCACAAUCUUACUGCUUGUAGUGACUACCAAGAAGGUCGCAAAUUAAAUAGUUUAGAAAUAGAACCUGUAAAACUAGGUAAUCAAGUAGAAAGUUUAAAAGAUCAAAAUCAGCAUACUAUGAACAAGCAAUAUGAAAGAGAAAGGCAAAGACUUGCUUCUGGAAUAGAAGAAUUACGUGAUAAGUUGAUGCAAAUAGAAGCUGAGAAUUCUGAUUUGAAGGUUAACAUGGCACACAGAACUAGUCAGUUUCAACUCAUUCAAGAGGAGCUGCUAGAGAAAGCUUCAAACUCUAGCAAACUUGAAAGUGAAAUGACAAAGAAAUGUUCUCAACUUUUAACUUUAGAAAAACAGCUAGAAGAAAAAAUAGUUGCUUAUUCCUCCAUUGCUGCAAAAAAUGCAGAACUGGAACAGGAACUUAUGGAAAAGAAUGAAAAGAUUAGGAGCCUGGAAACCAAUAUAAAUACAGAGCACGAGAAAAUUUGUUUAGCUUUUGAAAAGGCAAAGAAAAUUCAUCUUGACCAGCAUAAAGAGAUGGAAAAGCAGAUUGAAAGACUUGAAUCUCAACUAGACAAAAAAGAACAACAAUUUAAAGAACAAGAAAAGACUAUGUCUGUGUUGCAGCAAGAUAUAAUAUGUAAACAACAUCAUCUUGAAUCACUAGACAGACUCUUGACAGAAAGCAAAGGGGAAAUGGAAAAGGAAAAUAUGAAGAAAGAUGAAGCUUUGAAAGCAUUACAGAACCAAGUAUCUGAAGAAACGAUCAAGGUCAGACAACUAGAUUCAGCAUUAGAAAUUUGUAAGGAAGAACUUGCCUUGCAUUUGAACCAAUUGGAAGGAAAUAAAGAAAAGUUUGAAAAACAGCUAAAGAAGAAAUCUGAAGAGGUAUAUUGUUUACAGAAAGAGCUGAAGAUUAAAAAUCACAGUCUUCAGGAAACUGCUGAGCAAAAUGUUAUUCUGCAGCAUACUCUUCAACAACAACAGCAGAUGUUACAACAAGAGACAAUUAGAAAUGGAGAGCUAGAAGACAUUCAAACUAAACUUGAAAAACAGGUAUCAAAACUGGAACAAGAGCUUCAGAAACAAAGGGAAAGUUCAGCUGAAAAGUUGAGGAAAAUGGAGGAGAAAUGUGAAGCAGCUACAUAUGAAGCAGAUUUGAAAAGACAAAAAAUUAUUGAGCUUACUGGUACUACCAGGCAAGUAAAACUCGAGAUGGAUCAAUACAGAGAAGAGCUAUCUAAAAUGGAAAAAGAAAUAAUGCACCUAAAAAGAGAUGGAGAAAAUAAAGCAAUGCAUCUCUCUCAGUUAGACAUGAUUUUAGAACAGACAAAGACAGAACUAGAUAAGAAAACAAAUGCUGUGAAGGAUUUAGAAAAGUUACAGCACCACACUGAAACUGAGCUAACAGAAGCCUUGCAGAAACGGGAAGCACUAGAGACUGAACUGCAAAAUGCUCAUGGAGAAUUAAAAAGUACUCUAAGACAACUCCAGGAAUUGAGAGAUGUUCUGCAGAAGGCUCAAUUAUCAUUAGAGGAAAAAUAUACUACAAUAAAGGAUCUCACAGCUGAACUUAGGGAAUGCAAGAUGGAGAUUGAAGACAAAAAGCAAGAACUUCUUGAAAUGGAUCAGGCACUUAAGGAGAGAAAUUGGGAGCUAAAGCAAAGAGCAGCUCAAGUUACACAUUUGGAUAUGACUAUUCGUGGGCACAGGGGAGAAAUGGAACAGAAAAUAAUUAAACUAGAGGGUACUGUGGAGAAAUCAGAAUUGGAACUUAAAGAAAGCAGCAGACAGAUAGAAAGUUUGAAUGAAAAAUUGCAAAAUGCCAAAGAACAACUUCGAGAAAAAGAGUUUAUAACGCUACAAAAUGAACAAGAGAUAAGUCAACUGAAGAAAGAAACUGAACGGACACAACAAAAGAUGAAAGAAAUGGAGAGUGUUAUGAAAGAGCAGGAACAGUACAUUGCAACUCAAUACAAGGAGGCCAUAGAUUUGGAGCAAGAAUUGAGACUAACUCGGGAGCAGAUGCAGAACUCUCAUACAGAAUUGGUGGAGGCUCGUCAUCAACAAGUCCAAGCACAGAGAGAAAUAGAAAGGCUCUCAAAUGAACUUGAGGAAAUAAAGCAACUCUCUAAAGAGAAAGAAGCUCAUGGAAAAUAUUUAGCUGAAGAAUUGGGGGCUUCUCAAGUACGUGAAACUCAGCUAGAAGCAAGAAUGCAAGCAGAAAUCAAGAAAUUGUCAACAGAAGUAGAAUCUCUCAAAGAAGCAUAUCAUCUAGAGAUGAUUUCACAUCAGGAAAACCAUGCAAAGUGGAAGAUUUCUGUUGAUUCUCAAAAGACUUCUGUUCAGCAAUUAAAUGAACAAUUAGAGAAAGCAAAACUAGAAUUAGAAGAAGCUCAGGACACUGUAAGCAGUUUGCAUCAGCAAGUCCAAGAUAGGAAUGAAGUAAUUGAAGCUACAAAUGAAGCAUUACUUAUUAAGGAAUCAGAAUUAACCAGAUUACAAGCCAAAAUUUCUGGACAUGAAAGGGCAGAAGACAUCAAAUUUCUACCAGCCCCAUUUACAUCUCCAGUAGAAAUCACGCCUGAUAUUCAAGAUUCAAAAUUAGCUAAGCAUUCUCACACAGCUUUUUUCAAGUGUAGAAAACUACGUCGCUCUAUUAGUGCCAGUGAUCUUAGUUUCAGAACUCAUGGUGAUGAAGAUCUUUCUGAAGAAUUACUACAAGACUUAAAAAAAAUGCAAUUGGAACAACCUUCAACGUUAGAAGAAAGCCAGAGAGAUCUAACUUAUGCCCAGUCAGACUCAUUUAAACCUCUCACAUAUGAUGAUAAUUCUGAGAAUAAUGACUUCAGUACUCUGAGUGGAAUGCUAAGAUACAUAAACAAAGAAGUGCGACUAUUAAAAAAAUCUUCUAUGCAAACAGGUGCUGGUUCAACUCAGCGUCCUGAAGAGGCAACUUUAUCGCUGCUACACAUAUAUUACAGACAACUUGUAAUUGUUUCUUCCUCACCUCUCAACCUCUACAGAAUUGAAGAGCAUUCGGGCCUUGAUUAA